AUGUCUGCUCCUCAGAAAGUCUCCUUCACGGUCAGGCGACCGACCCCAAUAUCUCGAGGAGACUCGUCCGGCCCAGAAUCUGACAGUGGCUCCUCGUUCAAGGUUCCUUCGCUACCUCGACAUUUAUCUUCACAAAAUGACUCAGUACCUGGAAGUCCUCUUGCUCGUAGUGCGACAUCUUCCCCGAGGCCCAAAGACAAGCCCGUAGCGUACUACGAUGACAAGGACUCAAGUGACGAAGAAGAAGAAGGAAUGCAGGAUGAAUUAGUGACUGGGUUCGACCGUUUUGGAGUUCAGCGACUCAAGCCAAAGAAGAAGCCCGAGGGCCCGCUCAUAAUUCCUGCCCUCAAGAAUCGCGACUGGCGAGAAGUCGCCCGAAAGCGUCGAACAGCAACACAAUUUGUACCCGCAUCGGGGGCUGCCCAGACUGGAGCUGACGGAAGCGUUGGAGGCUUGGGCACCAGGGACUCCAUAAAUUCUGGCCCUGUCCUCAUUGGUUUGCAAGUCAAGGCCAAGGUGGAGGAUAAGGAUACAGUGAUGUCGGAGAUUAAAGAGGAGGAAACGACAGAGGUCAAGAUGGAGGAGCAGGAAACCGAAGAUCAGAGGGCUUUACGUGCCAUCCUUGCUGGUGUCAAUGGAAACAACAACGGCGAACCGAGCAUUGACAUCAUCCCUACGCCUGUGUCAGAGGAGGACGCGCUCAAACAAGAUGUCGCAGACCUCCCCGACUCCGCGACCUUGACAGACUAUGAGCGAGUCCCCGUUUCUCAGUUCGGUGCUGCUUUACUCAGAGGUAUGGGUUGGAAAGAGGGGACAGCUGCAUCGAAGAAGGGUAAAGGCAUGGUCGAGCCAUACCUUCCUGAGGCACGACCGGCGCUACUAGGCAUUGGUGCGAAAGAAAAGGAAGCUUUAGACGAUGGUCGUCCAAAGAAGGGAGGAAGUAAGCGCCCCGAGAAGAGGACAGGUCAGAUUCUCCAAGGGGGAGCGGCUCCAGGAGGAAUUCGAGGUCGCCUGGAAGACACUCAGAGAGGCGAGACCCCGACGAGCGGCGCAGCAGUCGCCACCGAGACUAUGAUCGGGAUCGCAACCGCGACGACAGGCGGCGUUCUGACAAAGACAGAGAUCGCCGAAGAGACCGCUCAUCCGACUCCAGUAGAAGACGUCGAGAUUGACACAAUAGACGACAUCUUCCUUUUCACGGUUCGUCAGCGCUAA